GACGGUUGUGAUAGUGUAGGCUGUAGCUUAUUCUUCUAAGAUUCCUUCGUUUUGUUUGGCAACAUUCCUACGGGGUGUAAGUGACUUUUCUAUCAUCUUCUGAUGAUAAACCGUACACAUUUCUACCGAAUCCCUAUCAGUGCCAGUAGUCCCUUAACUGGUGUGACUGGUGACUCACAGUGACCGUAAAUUGAUUGAAUUAAUUUACUCUCAUUCACUCUCUUGUUCGUAGUUCUACGACGACGUUCGUCCAGCUGCGCCACCGUCUGGCGCAAUAAGUCCGGUACACUUAGGCCAUUCGGACGCGAAACGCGACGCGAAAUUGGAAAACAAGCUUCCAAGGUGUGGCGAUCUGUGCGAGCUCUAUGAGGUUCGAGUGUACGCUUAUCAAUCGAUUGAACCACCUGCAAGGAGUAUCGAGUGUGUAAUCUACUUUUCAAUUGGCACUUUAUCGCCAGAGUUCAAAUUUAAAUUGAGUGUGUUGCAUCGAUGCAGAGAGGUGAUUGCGUCUCAGUCGUCCAUACUAAGUGGCAGUUCUAGGCGACUUGCUCGCGGUAAUAGAAUGGUGUUGAACGUUGAUUAGUGCGGUUGGGUGUGUUACUGUUUUCAAAUUGAUAUCCUUCCAAAACAACAGUAAGAAUAUCAGCGGUUCACCCUUGACCUCCGUCCACUAUACACAAACAUCAAUUACCGCAUCAGUUCCACGAGGCAGACGCCUUCCGUAGUCUAAUCGCACGCUUCUUUGCUUCAAGUUGUAGUGCAGGAUGCUGCACGCAAGCGUUUUCAACAAGAGCAUUUUGCCUUAGCGGCUGGAUCCAAUCUGAAGCAACCCCAGUGCUUACAAUGGAACGCAACACGUCGAUUGAAAUCGAUGUUCCCAAGGAGGACUUUAAGCCGAGUACCAAUCUGACCUUCCGGAAAAUUUCCUACGUCGUCAAGGGAAAUGAUGGAAAGGACAAACGGCUGCUACAGGAUAUAAGCGGAUGUUUCCAGUCUGGUCGUUUGACUGGAAUCCUUGGACCUUCUGGGGCAGGAAAGUCCACGCUGUUGAAUAUCCUUAGCGGAUUCAAAAUCAACAACAUCUCCGGGGAAAUUCUCGUCAACGGAGUCGUCAUCAACAACCAAAGGUACCGAAGGGAGGUAACGUACACUUCCCAGGACGUCAGCAUGCUCGGAAACCUCACGGUUCGGGAAAGCCUAGACUUUGCGGCAGAACUGAAACUCCCCAAAUCAGUCUCCGCCGUGGUUAAAGCCAAAACCGUCAGCGAUAUCAUCAGACUGCUAGGUCUUCAAAAGUGUGUCAACAACUCCGUUCGUUCCAUAUCCGGCGGCGAGAGGAAGCGGCUUUCGAUAGGGUUGGAGUUGAUUUCUAAUCCGAAGAUUAUGUUCUUCGAUGAGCCCACGAGUGGGUUGGACAUCAUCGCUGCCAUGCAGGUCAUUUCGCACCUGAAGGAUCUGGCGCUGAGCGGGCGAUGCGUGGUUUGCGUGAUUCAUCAGCCCAGUUCCAGUAUUUUGCAGAUGUUCGACGAUUUGAUGGUUUUGUCUGAGGGAAGUUGCAUAUUCAAGGGACCACUGGACGAACUGGUGUCCACGUUUAAGGCGAGUGGGUUCGAGUGUCCAAAUUACUAUAACCGAGCGGAUUUCGCGUUGGAAGUCGCGAGCUUGAAGCACGAAGGAAAUUUGGCGGAGUUGAUCGAAAAGUGUAAGGAAGAGUACGUAGUGUUGGGGAAGAAUGUGAACGAGAGUGUUAGUACCAGUGAGAAAGAUUCUAUGCUAGUGGGGAGUGAUUGUGGGAGUUCGGAUAGUUCGGAGAAUGCGUAUCGGCAGUAUCCGGUUUCACAGUGGGAUCAGUUUAUGAUACUCACCAAAAGGACUACGCUGUGUACGUUUAGAGAUAUGCAAUUGAUGAAGAUGCGGAUAUUGGCGCAUCUGAUGGUGGGACUGCUGAUCGGAGUGGUGUUCUGGAAGGUGGGGAACGACGGUUCCAAAGUGCUGAGCAAUGCGUCCUGUUUGUUCUUCUUCCUGAUAUUUCUGUUCUUUGCCAAUUCGAUGCCACUAGUCAUGACCUUUCCGCUGGAGACCGCAGUUUUUAUAAGAGAACGAAUGAACAAUUGGUAUUCAUUGACUGCAUAUUUCUUUUCAAAGUUAAUUGCUGAUUUUCCAUUUCUGAUACUGGGACCAACAUUGUUCCUCGUCAGCGCGUACUACAUGACAUCGCAACCGAUGGAGCCUGAACGGCUGGUAAUGCUGUGGGGCAUCUGCAUCCUUCUGUCCUGGAUAGCACAGCUCACGGGACUUCUAGCCGGGAGCACUUUGUCGUUGGAGCUCAGCGUCUUCUGCGUGCCGUGCUCGGUCAUUCCGAUGCUCAUCUUCUGCGGGUUCUUCGUCCGCUUUCGGGAGAUGUUCGGCUUCCUGAUGCCGUUUACUUACGUGGGCUACUUUCGGUACGCCUUCGAGGGCUCCAUGCAGGCCAUCUACGGGUUCGGACGGGAAAACAUUCCGUGCGAGAAGUUUUGCUACUUUAGCAAGGUGAGCAAAUUUCUGGAGAGCUUCGACAUGGAGGAAAACAGGUUCACGGUGGAUGUGUGUGGACUGCUGGCGUGGAUUGUGGUCCUGCAUGUGGCGCUGUUUGCCAGUUUGGCACUCAGGCUGAAGCGGAAUCGGUAGGUGGAAAUGGGAUUACUAGGGUUAGUUUGAAUUUUUAUAACGAUUUUUUUAUUCAUUUUGUGUAUUU